GCUGAAAACUAAAGAAGAAGAGUGGCGAGAGGCUCAGCGUGGCUUCAAUAAGAUCUGGAGGGAACAGAAUGAGAAGUAUUACCUGAAGUCUUUAGAUCACCAAGGUAUUAACUUCAAACAGAACGACACAAAGGUGUUUCGCUCCAAGAUGCUGCUCAAUGAAAUCGAGACUCUUUAUGAUGAGCGGCAAGAGCAGGCUUCAGAUGACAAUGCCGCCCCUCCCUCAGGCCCUCACAUGACCUUCAUGUACGAUGACAGCCAGAUCCUGGAAGACGCGGCUGCUCUCAUCAUCCACCACGUCAAGAGGCAGUCCGGCAUCCACAAAGACGACAAGUACAAAAUCAAACAGAUCAUAUACCAUUUCAUCCCCGACAUGCUGUUCAUCCGACGCGGUGAGCUUUCUGAUGUGGAGGAGGAGGAUGAAGAGGAGACCGAACCAGACGAAGACGGGACUAAAAAGCACAAUGGGACGACAUCAACAAAGUCUAAGCUCCUCUUCAGCCAUACAGCAGCUACCCAGCAGAAGCUGAGUAACUGUGACGAUGCCUACAACCUCUUCUAUGUCAACAAUAACUGGUACAUCUUUCUGCGGCUGCAUCAGAUCCUGUGCUCCCGACUGCUACGGAUCUACGCGCAGGCGGAAAAACAGAUAGAGGAAGAUGCCAGAGAGAGAGAGUGGGAAAGAAACGUGUUGGGACUGAAAAGAGAGAAGAACGACAACCCGGCCAUCCAGCUGCGUUUGAAGGAACCCAUGGACAUUGAUGUUGAAGACCACUACUCUGCCGCCUUAGAGAUGGUGCGAAACCUCCUGGAUGGCAACAUGGAGACAUCUCAAUACGAGGACCAGCUGAGGGAAAUGUUUACCAUCCAUGCCUACAUUGCCUUCACCAUGGACAAACUCAUCCAGAGUAUAGUGAGACAGCUCCAGCAUAUAGUAAGCGAUGAGAUCUGUGUACAGGUGACUGACCUUUACCUUAGCGAGUUUGCCAACAAAGCCACCGGUGGGUCCCUGUCCACCCAAGCUUCUAGAGGAAGUGCCGAAUCAGCCUACCAGCACAAAGCUGAGCAGCUGAUGUCCGACGAAAACUGUUUUAAG